AUGUGCCGACAAUAUCUCACUCUGUACUCCUGGUGCCACUGCGAAGAAGAUGCCGGCUACCAGGCAUGCAGCGCCCGCAAGGAAAACGGCUGUCCCGGCACCGCCGUCGAGACCGUACAUAUGCAAUGUUUCUGCAACGUGCACGCGACAAAGAAAUUCCAGACGGAGAAGCAGGCGCUGAAGAAGAAGAGCCGUUCGUCCCUCUCCUCCCGCUCCUCUCGGAACUCGCGCUACUCCAAUAGCAGCUUGGAGUCGCAGGCAUCUCAGAUCUCCCGGGCGUCGUCUUUCCGGAGACGUUGGUUUCGUCUGUGGUCGCGGUCGGAAUAG